AUGUCAUCCAAGAACGACAAACUGGUGCACAACCUGUCGUCAAAGGAGCUGACGGAGGAACAAAUGCAGGUUUUACGGCAUGAGGCCUCAUUCAACACAGCCGAUGCCAAACCUGCCAACAUGAUCGCAGCAGUGGAAUCAAUCCUCAGCCAGACGGGAGCGACAGACGAAACGAAGAACCUCAUUCGACAUCAAGUGUCCUCCCUCCCCAUGGCUCAUAGGCCGCGCGACGUGCUUUCCAAGGUUGAGCGUGAUGUACUUAAGGAACUCAGGGCCGACAACGACCUCGUUAUCGUGCCUGCGGACAAGGGGCGUUCAACGGUCGUAUUGGACAGGACAGACUACAAUCAAAAAGCCAAAAGCUUGUUGGAGGAUCGUCAGUCCUAUGUCCCAUGCGAAUCCAACCCCAUGAAAACGCUGACACGCGAGAUUAACGCGACGCUGUUGGCAAUGGAGAACUCAAGUGCAAUAUCGCCAAUCGACCGACGCAUGGCGAGAGCACAAGAAACGGCCCUAGCCCGAUUCUACGGUCUCCCAAAAGUUCACAAAGAGGGCGUUCCUCUCCGGCUUAUCGUAUCACUAAAGGGCACUCCAACCUACGGACUGGCAAAGUGGCUGUUCCAACGUCUCAAGUUUCUGACCUCCGAUUCGAACACCACAGUCAGCUCGUCAACGCAAUUCUUGGAGAAACUUAAAGGAGUAAGUCUCCUGCCAAGCGAUAUCAUGGUUUCCUUUGAUGUCACGUCCCUUUUUACUUCUAUCCCUCAGGACCUGGCAGUCGAGACCAUCGAACUACUCCUACGAGAGAAGUACGACGAAACGGAGAAUCGCCUCGGACACGCCCAAAUCAUCCAGCUCCUGAAGUUCUGUCUCAAGACGUACUUUACGUUCGACGGAACAAUCUACGAGCAGGUGAAGGGAACGCCAAUGGGUUCGCCGAUUUCGGGACUCAUAGCCGAGGCGGUCCUACAACGGCUGGAGUCGCUGGUUUUCCGACACCACAGACCGAAAUUUUUGGCUCGGUAUGUGGAUGACACCUUCGUCGUCAUCGAACGGGAUCAGGUGCUGACUUUCAAAGAACAACUCAACGCCGUCUUCCCGGACAUCCAAUUUACGAUGGAGGAGGAGGAAAAUAAUCAGCUGGCCUUCCUGGAUGUCCUCGUCUGCCGCAAAGAUUGUGGGGGCCUAAAAACCAAAGUGUUCCGGAAAGCGACAAAUACGACGCAAAUACUGAACUUCAAUAGCAACCACCCGAUCAGUCACAAACGCAGUUGCGUAAGGGCGCUAUACCGGCGCGUUGAGACGCACUGCAGUGAAAUGGAAGACAAGGUUGCUGAACUGCAAUAUCUUCGACGGGUAAUGAGAGCCAAUGGUUACCCCUCGCAGCUUUGUCAACCAGUGCAUACGAAAAGGACUCCAGAGACCAAAUCCAACCGGACCCAAAUUUUGGCGGGCUCUUCCGUACGUGAAGAACGUCUCGGAAGCCGUCAGUCGUCUUCUCACUCCACUUGGAGUUGGGGUUGCACACGGGCCGGAAACAACCAUUAG